UCAGUAUUAAGUCUCAAGCAGUAUAAUAGAAUUUGUUAAUUUAAUUUCUUUUGAACAUAAAGUAUUUCUCUAUCUUAUUUUCAAAAUGUUUAGAAUGGAAUCAUCGCUUGGCAUUACUUUUGCGGUUUUACUUUCAUGUUCUUUUGUUCUGUCAGAAUUAUGUGAAAAGACAUUGGACACUAAUAUAAAAUGGAGCCGCCAUCCGGACGACUGCUCGACAGCGUAUAUGUGUUUGCUUGGAAAAGUUGUGUCAUAUAGGUGUCCUGAAGGACAUGUCGUUGGUUUAGACGAGGUGACGUGCAUCCCUGCAGGUUCACAAUUUGACGAUUGUACUGAACUAGAACGUAUUAAUUUAGAAGACGUUGAAAUUGAGCCAAUGAAUGUUGCGUCAUCAUGUAAAGAAGGGGAGACGGUGCCUGACGAAAAUAAUUGUGCCAUGUAUUUCGAAUGUAUAGCUGUUGCGGAUGGGAAUACCACGAUGCUCUCUCAAGAGUGUGCAUACCCGUUUCUGUUCGAUAAACAGUCCAGAAAAUGUGAGCAUUUCAAAGAUGUAGACUGCAAACCAGGUCAGACUGUACCAAAAAGUCCAUGUGAAUACAAGGCCCACCAGUGUUCGUCUGCCCAUUGCGUUCCUUGCAAUAUACGAUUUCCCACGUGUACCAGACUUCCAGAUGGAAAGAAUCCCUGGGUUGGUCGGGAAUGGUCCCCAGAUUACGUCAUGUGUGAAGAAGAAAGGGUCACAUUCCAAGGGCAAUGUAAAAGUGAAAAGGAACCGCUCGUUUUUCACCCUGAAGAGAAGGCUUGCGUUGUUUAUGACGUCAAAACGAUUGCUGGAUAGGAGCAAAGAAACAAACUGACACUCAUACUGGCAUGGAAUCUCGUUAUACUCACUGAAACACUUAAAACAGUUUGUAAUACUCGAUGAAUAAAUUAUUGUUCAUAUCAUCAGAUUUUUAAUGUUUCUAAUUCCCUUGCAAAUCUGUCAUAAGUAUUUGAACACACAAACAUGUAUAUAUUUUCCCAUAGGAAUAAAAUCCAGGUUUAUUUCAUAUGGAUUUCUGUGCGUAAAGGCCAACAUUUGCACUACUCAAAAUCUUCAUCACAGUUCACUGAUGGUUCUGACCAAAUACCUUGAUUUAACGAUGAUUAUAGUUCAGAACUAAAGUAUUUUUUUUUCAGAAUUGUACAAUGAAUUAUAGUUAUAGCC